GAGCAACUAUGGUCCUGUCCCUCGAGGGCCUUCCCUCCACGAACUUACUUUGACGGAGGUCUCCCACGAUCUUCUCUGUCCUGUCUGCUUGGACGUACUCAAGGAUGCCAUCGCCAUCAUUCCUUGCGGUCACACUUUGUGUAGUGGCUGUCUAAGGCGGGUCACUGACAGCAGCGGGCGCCAAGGUCCGUGUCCCGUCUGCCGGAUCUCCAUGCAGCGACCCACUCCUGGCCUCGGGUGCUUGCCUUCUGCUUUCUCUUCCUCCCACGGUGAUCUCCCUGGGAUCCCCGUCUUCGCCCUGCGUAACAUAGUCAACUCCAUCAAGGUUCACUGCAAGUAUGGCGUGUCGUACAACCGCGGCAUCGGCAAAUUCGAGGCCUCGACGACGUCGCCGUGCUACCCUGAGUGGAGCCGUUGCGAUGCCGUGCUUGCCCUAUCUGAGCUGGACGAACACGUGGCAGCUUGUCAGUACGCCCCGGUUGCGUGCCGCUAUGCCGCGGACGGGUGCCCUGUCAUCAUGAUAAAGAAGGAGGCCGCGGCGCUGUCGAAGCAUGAGCUGCGAUGUGAGUGGAAGACGGUGGAAUGUGCCAGGUGUCGCAAGAUGAUUCGCUCCGCCUACAUGAUGACCCAUCUCUCUACCAAGUGCGUCGAGGUCAGCGUGCUUUGCAUCCACGCCAAACAUGGUUGCCGCGAGAUUCCCAAACGGCGGUUCAUGCACGAUCAUCUCUCCUACUGUCCGUUUGAAACCGUUAAGGCGGCGUUCGCCAAGAAGGAUGCCAAGAUCAACGCUCUAAUGGCUGAAGUAGAGUCCCUACGUGUGGCGCUCUGGCUGGCCAGUCCCACUGCCAAGGAGCAGACGAAACGGCAGAGGAAGUGGUCGGGGGAGGGGGCUGCAGCAGCGGCAGCAGCAUCAGGAGGAGGAGGAGCAAUAGCAGCCGCAGGAUCAACCGCUGAUGAGCCGCCGGUUAAGGGAGGGGCCGGGACCGCCGGGACAACGGCGAAAGUGGUCUUCGGCGGAGCAUCAGAUGGAGAGGAGGUCCUUGGAAGAGGAGAAGGCCCUUCGUCGACCAGCGAUCACUCUACUACGAUGCAAGAGGGGGAGAACGCGAAAGCAUAUUGUUGUACGCCCAAGGGCUGUAAAUCGGCCACGAUAAACGUGUUCAUCCAUGGAUGUGGGGAGCCGAGGGAGAAGGUGGUCAGGGUUUUCCCGGACAUUGACACGCUUGGAGAUUUGGAGGUGGUCGUCUUCGAGACAUGGAAAUUGGAUAAGAGUUUGUACUUUUUGACCUUCGAAGGACGCCGGCUCGAGGAGAACGUGCCACUUGGCAAGUAUGGACUGGUUAAUGGGUCAACCUUGAGACUGGCCUUGAGAUUGUCUGGCAUGAGGGAACCUUCAUGAGGUGUAACAAAGAGAGGGGAGAGUG